UUUCAGGUGGCCUCACUGGGCGUGACCACCUUUACCCUUUGCGCGCUGUGCAUCGACCGCUUCCGGGCGGCCACCAACGUGCAGAUGUACUACGAGAUGAUCGAAAACUGCACGUCCACCACCGCCAAGCUGGCCGUCAUCUGGAUCGGUGCGCUCCUGCUGGCGCUGCCCGAGCUGCUCAUCCGUCAACUGGUGGUGGAAGACGCCGAAAUCCCCGACGAGCCUCCCGUGGAGCGCUGCGUCAUCCGGAUCUCCGCCGCCCUCCCCGACAUGCUCUACGUGCUGGGCUUGACGUACGAGGGCGCCCGGUUGUGGUGGUGCUUCGGCUGCUACUUCUGCCUGCCCACCCUCUUCACCAUCGGGUGCUCGCUGGUGACGGCGCGGAAGAUCCGCCACGCCGAGCAGUCCAGCGUGCGCAGCAACAAGAAGCAGAUCCGCCUGGAGAGCCAGAUGAACUGCACGGUGGUGGCGCUGGCCAUCGUCUACGGCGCCUGCGUGGUGCCCGAGAACAUCUGCAACAUCGUGUCCGUGUACAUGGCGGCCGGCGUUCCCGAGAACACCAUGUCCGUGCUCCACCUCCUCUCGCAGCUGCUGCUCUUCUGCCGGGCGGCGGUGACGCCCGUGCUGCUUCUGUUGCUGUGUCGCCCGCUGGGCAGGGCUUUUCUGGAUUGCUGCUGUUGCUGCUGCUGCAGCCGCACGCCAUCCUCCACCACGGCCAGUGACGAUAACGAACACGAGUGCACCACCGAGCUGGAGCUGUCGCCGUUCAGCACCAUUCGCCGGGAGCUGAGUAACUACACGCCGGCCGGAUCUCACUGCUGAGCUGAAGAUCCCGUUUGCCUUGGCCAGUCCCGAUGAUGGAGGGCACGGUUAGGCCUCCCGUUUCUCAUUCGGUCCGCUAAGUGGAAGCGGUCAUCAUUUGCAGCCCCGAUGGAAAAAUGUCAGCCGUCACACGCCAAUACAAAAUGAAAAGCAUGGA